UUUUAAUGAUAAAUAUUAUUAAAAUAUUGAAAUUAACAUUUUUAACAUUUGUUAAAAUUUUAAAUUAAACUUGAGCAAAUAAGAAAUCAUUUGAAGGGGGGAAAAUCUGGUUUUAUCAGUCGCCACAACAACUGCUGUUAGUUAGUUACCGCGUUCGCUACCAGCAGAAGCGCCAGCACCAGCACCAGCUUCACUCUUAUUCAUUUUAAUAUUGUACGGCAUAUACCCCACACCGCACGUUGUGGUGUUAUUGUUGUUGUGUUUUGCGUUUCUGUAUAUUUCAAUAUAAGAAAAAAGCGCCCGCCAAUUUGUUAGAGAAAAAAAAAUAAAUAAAACAAAUAAAAAUUUAACAAAUUAAUUUUCUACGCUGAAGUUAAGCGACACGAGUUAAAAAAUUUUUUUAUAACAAUUUCAUCAGAUUAGCAAACCAUUCAAAAUGGCAAAUCCGCGCAAAUUUAGUGAAAAAAUUGCACUACAAAAACAGAAGCAAGCCGAGGGCACUGCAGAGUUUGAAAAAAUUAUGAAAGAAGUUUAUGCGACGAAAAAGGAUGAAACACAAGGUAAUCAAAGGAUACAAGAAUGUUUGCCGAAUUCAGAUGUUAUUAACAAUUCAGUGAGUACGGGAGGUGGAAGCGGUGGGAGUGGUGGUGGUGGUGGUGCAUCACCAGAAGGUAAAGCAGGUGGAGGAAGUGGCGGUUCACCGACUGCCUGUCGAGAAUCUCGAGGGCGAAGUGUUGGUGUUGGUCCCAUGAGACGUCCAUCGGAACGCAUAGAUCGUUCACCAUAUGGCAGUAAUACUAAUACUAGUAAUAUUGGUAAUGCUGUGGGCAUGGGUGGCAUGAGUAAUAAUGUCAAUAUCGCAUAUUUAAGUCCGCCAAAUGAUACAAAUUGGCGACGUUCGAACUCAGACUCAGCAUUACAUCAAAGUUUAAACAUAGCCGUAGCGGCAGAAGUCGGUUUUGGAUCAAGUGGAGUAACUGGUAUUGGUGGUUUGCCUACAGAUUUAGGCACCCUACAUGCGAGUUAUAAUCACAACCAACGAUCUCAUUCGCCAAACAUUGGUCGUAGUCUCAGUCCACAAGCACAAAGAAGAAAAGCCCACAUGAUGCAUCAACAGCAACAGCAAUUACAUCACCAACAACAACAGCAAAUGCAUAUGCAACAUGCAGCACAUGCACACCAUCAGCAACAACAUCAACCACAGCUGCAACAACAUAUGCAACAAACACAACAAUUACAUCAACAACAGCAUCAUACGCAACAACAGCAUCAUCAACAACAACAUCAUCAGCAGCAACAAUUCAAUGCCAAAUAUUCCAACUGCAAUAUGCCGGCCAAUAGUCUGUUUAAGUCACUGCAAGAGCAAAUGGCAUUCGCUAACACAGGCUCUCUACCUGAUUUAACAUCCGUACAUUAUCCUACAACAGCACAACAACCACUUAUCCAGCAACAGCAGCAACACACGAAUCAGCAACAAAUUUUAUCGCCUAUACUGUCGCCGCACAACAACGGACGUGAACGGGAUCAAUCACCGAGUCCAUUUAAUUCUACAAAUGUUGGGCCACCAUCGCCAUAUAAUCAACAGCAACAUUCUCCUACCUCUGCAGCAAAUACGCCUACAGCCGCACAAACAUCGCCACAUUUGUCGUUUACUAAUUUAUCAGUGCAGUCACCGACGGGUGUACAAAAUUCCGCACAAACUGGUUCUUUCACUCAUUUGCCAACAUUGGGUGCUGCCAGCUCUACCGGUAAUCUAACAGAUUAUCGACAACCAUUGAACCCACCUAGUCCGGGCUCUUCUCCAGGACUAUUGACAUCGGUGUCGGGAAAUGAACUGCAUACAAGCGCACCAGCAAGUCCAAUAAGGCAUGUCCAUACCAACGUGCAACAGAGUAUGCAAGGCUAUAGUGAUAAAAACAUUCAAACUUUCGACCGAUACUCGCCAGUCAUAAUUUCCAGCAAUGCAGAUACUAAUUCAGGUAACCUUUCCUUUCAUAAUAACUUUGAGCAGUUCUCACUUGGUGAUAGCAGCUCAUCACCUGAACAACAGCAACAUCUGCAACAGCACUUUCAACAUCAGCAAAACAAUUAUAUUACUUUAGAAUUCGAAGACUUCAUUAGCAGUGGCAAUAGCCAACAGCAAUCUUAUCCCCAAAAUAAAAUAUUAGACUUUGACGAUUUAACUGGCGCCGGACUUAUUAGUAGAAAUACAGUAACAGAUAGUAACAAUAGCAACACUAAUGGUAACAGAAGUACAACUGCGACGUGUAACAACAACAAUAUACAACAACAACAAAAUGGUCGAAAUAUACGUCAGCAGCAACAACAGCAACAGCAAUUACUAAACAAUAACAGUACAACAAGCACAAAUACCAUUGGUCCGUGUCGUCCACUUAAUAAUAAUACAAAUUUAACGCAGCAUAAUGAUGGAUCAUCUGUGUUAGGACAAGAUAUACAUACCUCGCCAAUACCAUCACCUUUGAACUGCUUACCUUCGGCAUCAUCACCUUUACCUAUUCCAAUGCCUUCACAAUCACCACAUCAUAAUCAUCAGCAUCAACUUUCCUUAUCGCUGCAAACACAUUCAGCGCAGCAUUCACCGCACCAUUCACCAGCACAUUCACCACAUCACUCAUCACCCAUAUCCGCUUUCUCACCUGUCAUAUCGACACUUCCCGGAGUAUCAGUACCUGCGUCUGCGAAUACAGUCGGUGUUAAUAUGCCGACACAUCACAACCAGCAGCAACACCACCAGCAACAGCAACAAAAUCAACAACAACAACACCAACAACAAAGUCAUGGAAAUACGCCAACAACUGCAAACAUACCGUCGAUAAUAUUUUCAGACUAUUCGUCAAAUCCAGAUGAUCCACGCUGUAUGUUGGAUUCGCUCGAUUUAGUUUUGGACGCAACAGAACUGCAAUUACUAGCCGAUCAGAAUGAGGACCUCGAUCACAGUAUGGAGGAUAAUUUUCGAAGAGAUCUUAACUGAUACUACGAGGAAGCUGUUGCAGCAAUUGAAAGCGGUAUAUUACUCGAAGACACAUUCGAUCCACUCGGUCAUUUGGUUGAUGUUAACGAAGUAUUGGGCGACCCACUUGGUUCACUAGAUGCACUAGUCGACACAAAGGGAGAUACUCAGGAUAACGAAACUGCAGAUAACGAUAACACGCCAAAAAAUGUAGAUGAAGAACACGAUGACAACUAUGCAUGUAAUGUCCAUGAUGACGAUGAUGAAUUGCAGAGUCUGUUCUUCUAAACUCGUGCCGAAUUAAAUUGUUAUACAGAGUAUAACAGUUAAACAAAUUGAAACACAAAUCGCAUAGAAUACCCGGAAAUUCUAUGCACAAUGCACACUUAUAGCCGCAUUCGUCUUAAAAAAUCGCAACAGCUUUAUAAAUCUCUUAAUUUACGAUUGAUUAUGAGUAGUACAUAAAGUUAGAUAGAUAGUCCUUAAAAGAAAGUAUAAAAGAUUAAAGAAAAAAAAAACUCCAAAAAACUUAAAAAUAUUUUG